UUAACACACUGCCCCGCAUCAUGCUGCAUAUUGCGUGUCGACGCACCUACGCGCGUUCCUGCGGGAGUGCAGAUCUGCAUCAUCGUGCGGGUUUUUUGCGCACUCACGCGCGUAGGUGUGUUUUGUAGAUUCACGCACGGCGGCUCUCAUUUAUUCGCCGUUCUCUGUGGUGGUCGUGCUGUGAGCAUCACGAUAGUUUUGAUAAAAAUGGUUAAUAGUGUGGAACUUAUUCAGGACGCUGCCAUUAUACUAACUGUUUGGUAUUUGUAUGGUCGAAUUAAAAGAAAUCGUGCCCAUAGAAGAUACUGGGUACAACCUUAUUUACAAACAAGAUCUUUAAAUGGGUCAUUUGUUCAAAAUUAUUGGGACCUUAGAAAAUAUGAAGAGAAGUUCUUCAACUAUACGCGUAUGUCAACAACAUCUUUUGAUUAUUUGCUCAGCAAAAUUCGAACAGGUAUUAGUGGAAGAGAUACAAAUUUUCGUCUUUGUAUUACGCCAGAAGAGAAGCUUUGGGUAACAUUGAGAUACUUAGCAAGUGGUUGCUCGUUUACUGAGCUUCACUUCAGCCACAGAAUAGGAUUAUCAACCAUCAGAAAAAUCGUGGAAGACGUUUGCACAGCCAUUUGGGACAUCAUGAGAGCAGAAUGUUUUCCUGAGCUCACGACUGAAGCGUGGUUAAGCAUAGCUGAAGGUUUCCAACAACGGGCAAAUUUUCCUCAUGUGAUUGGAGCUAUUGAUGGAAAACAUGUCAGAGUUUACAAACCAUCCUUAACAGGAUCAUUGUAUUACAAUUACAAACAUUUUUUUUCAAUAUUGUUAGUAGCCAUUUGUGAUUCUAAUUAUAAAUUCAUUUUCAUCGAUGUUGGUGCGUAUGGUAAAUGUAGCGAUAGUACUGUUUUUCAGAAUUCAAUAUUUUACAAAAAACUUAGGGAAUUUAAUCUUAAUAUACCAAAAGAAUCGAAUAUUCCGGGAGUUCCCAAUGAUCUGCCAUAUUUUUUCAUAGGCGAUGAAGCUUUUAGCAUUUCUGAACACAUAUUAAGGCCAUAUCCGGGGACCAACUUGAAUUUUACUAAAAGAAUAUUUAACUAUCGUCUGAGCCGAGCGCGCAGGUAUAUAGAAUGUGCAUUUGGAAUGUUAACUCACAAAUGGCGAAUAUUUCAACGACCAUUAGAUGUUAACGUAAAUUUAGCAAUAAAAAUUAUCAAAGCGUGCUGUUUGCUUCACAAUUUCGUAAGAGAAAGGCAUGGUGUUAAUUUCAACGAAAUAGUAUUCAAUGGUGAUACAGAGGGUAUGUGCGAAAUUCCGAGGGCUAGACUUCUAUCAGGUACACGCGGCAGUAAUGCAAGGAAUAAUUUAGCUGAUUUUUUUGUUAAUAUUGACCCUUUGCCGUGGCAAAACAAAUAUGCUUAAACUAGCUGCAGCGUUCAUAAUUGUAAUUUACCUAUCAUUAUCUUGUAAUGAAUAAAAAAAUUAAAACAACUUACCGUUCUUUUUUUUUUCUUCAACCGAUGCAUUAUUAUCAGUAAAUAUAUUUAUUACUUCCUCCCAUUGUUUCACCUUCUGCGCUCUGUCACUGUAUUCAUCACAUUUCAUAUUCCAGAUAGCUGGGUGGUUUUCGAUUUCAAAUAUAAAUCGAUCGAUAUCGAGAUCCAUUUUCAAACACACACGU